AUGCGCCCCCUCAAACUCCUCCUCUCCCUUACCCCCCUCCUCCCUUACACCCACGCAUCCCCACAAUUCAACCCCUCAACAGUAUCAUGGCACACCACCCCCGCCACAAACUUCACCACCACCCUCCCCAUCGGCAACGGCCGCCUCGGCGCCGCCGUCUGGGGCAGCCCCGCCCUCGAGAACAUCACCCUGAACGAGGACAGCUUCUGGAACGGCUCGUUCGUCGACCGCGUCAACCCCAAGGCAUACGGAGCGUUGGCGCCCGUGCGGCAAAUGCUGGCCGAUGGCGAGAUCACCGCCGCGGGUCAGCGCACGCUGCGCGAUAUGGCGGCCAUACCCGCGUUGCCGCAGUCGUAUAGUGCGCUGGGGGCGUUGCGGUUGGAUUUUAGAUUGGAAGGAGAGGUGGGGAAUUAUACGAGGGCGUUGGAUUUGAGGACCGGCGUUGUAGGGGUCGAGUUUGAGGUUUUGGGGGUGGGGUAUAGGCGCGAGUAUGUGGUUAGUUAUCCGGAUGAUGUUCUUGCGGUGAGGCUUUCAAGUAGUCAGGUUGGGGCGUUGAAUGUGGUUUGUUCGUUGGAACGCGAGGUGUUUGUGGUCGAGAGGAGUGCGAGUUUAGAUGGAGAUGGGGCGGGGAGGUUGGUUUUAAAGGCGAAUUCGCUGGAAGAGGAGAGGGGGCCGAUUCGGGUUGGGUCUGAGGCGAGGAUUGUGGCGUCUGGAGGGCGGAUUGAGGCCAACGGGACCUCGAUUGUCGUGCAGGGCGCUACGACGGUGGAUAUCUUCUUCGAUGCGGAGACAUCCUACCGCUACCCCUCUGCGAGUCAGCGCGAGGCGGUGCUCGAGCAGAAACUGCAGAAUGCGGUCAACCGAGGAUUUGACGCUGUCAAACACAACGCUGUCUCUGACUACGCUGCACUCUCUACGCGAGUGGACUUAGAUCUAGGGUCCUCCGGCGCAAGUGGCAAUCUGCCCACAGAUAUUCGAUUGCUGAACUACCAACAAAAUCCCGACAGCGAUCCGGAACUGGUGACGCUCAUGUUCCACUUCGGCCGACACUGUCUGAUUGCCUCGUCGCGCCGCAGCGCCAACGCCUCAUCGCCCGGCCUCCCCGCCAACCUCCAGGGCCUGUGGAAUCAAGACUACGAUCCUGCGUGGGGCGGCCGCUUCACCCUCGAUAUCAACCUCGAGAUGAACUACUGGCCCGCUCAGGUGACCAACCUAGCCGAGACCUUCACCCCCGUUCUCGACCUGAUGGACAUCAUCCUCCCUCGUGGCCAGGCGGUGGCGCGCAACAUGUACCACUGCGACAACGGGGGGUACGUGCUGCACCACAACACCGACCUCUGGGGGGACGCCGCCCCCGUCGAUAAUGGGACCACCUGGACCAUGUGGCCCCUGGGGGGCGCCUGGCUGUCCGCCAACCUGAUGGACCACUACCGCUUCACCCAGGACACGGCCCUGCUGCGCGACCGCAUCUGGCCUUUACUCCGCAGUGCCGCCCAGUUCUACGAAUGCUACCUCUUCCCCUUCGAGGGCUACCUGAGCACAGGACCCUCGAUCUCCCCCGAAGCAGCCUUCCUCGUGCCCGACAACAUGUCCAUCGCCGGCAGCGCCGAGGGCAUCGACAUCGCCCCGACAAUGGACAACUCCCUGCUAUACGAGCUGUUCCACUCCGUCCUCGAAACCUGCACCAUCCUCCACCUCACCAACGAAGAAUGCACCCGCGCCAACCAGAUCCUCGCCCGCAUUAAACCCCCACAGAUCUCCCCGGCAGGCCGCAUCAUGGAAUGGCGCCUCGAUUACACGGAACAAGACCCCGGCCACCGCCACAUGAGCCCGAUCGUCGGCCUCUACCCGCUCACCCAGCUCACACCCCUCGUGAACACCACCCUCGCGGCGGCCGCCAAGGCCUUCCUGGAUUGGCGGAUUGACAGCGGCAGCGGGAGUACCGGGUGGUCCCGGACGUGGACGAUGAACCUCUACGCCCGGCUGUUCGACGGCGAGGCCGUCUGGAACCAUACCCAGAUUUAUCUGCAGACGUUCGCGAGUCCCAAUCUGUGGAAUACGGACUCUGGGCCCGAUACGGUGUUCCAGAUUGAUGGAAAUUUCGCGUUCACAGCGGGUAUUGCGGAGAUGUUGGUGCAGAGUCAUGCGGGCGUCGUGCAUUUGUUGCCCGCGUUGCCGGGGAAGGUCGCGACGGGGUCGGUGACGGGGUUGGUGGCUAGAGGGGGGUUUUGGGUGGAUGUGGAGUGGGAGAAGGGGGGUUUGAAGGAGGCCAGGAUUGUUUCGAGGAGUGCAGGGCUUUUGAGGGUUAGGGUGCAAGAUGGGAAGGGGUUUAGGGUUAAUGGGGUGGUUUACACGGGGGUGGUGGAGACUGUCGAGGGGGGUGUCUAUGUUGUUACCUCUGUGUAG